CGCCGGGCCCUCUCAGAGCCGGCCACUCGAUCCGACAUCACACGGCCUGCUCGCCUCCAACCGACCGGACACUCCGGAGCCCCCUGCCCACCGCCAUGAACUACGACGAGUACCCCGAGUUCCCGAGAUGGGAGAAAAACUUCACCGCGAGGUCGGGCGAGGGUCUGACGAUCCGCAACCUGUCGGUGCGCGACAUGCGUUGGCCCACCUCCCUGGGGGCGCACGGCUCGGACGCCAUGCACACGGACCCGGACUACUCCUGCGCCUACGUCGUCAUCUACACCAUGAACGACAACGAGGGCCACGGGCUGACCUUCACGUUGGGCAGAGGCACCGACAUCGUGGUCCAGGCCGUGCACGCGCUGUCGCACCUCGUGGUCGGCCAGGACGCGGCCGACAUCUUCAACGACUUCGGCGCCUUCUGGAGGAAGCUCACCAGUGAGACGCAGCUCAGAUGGAUCGGCCCCGAGAAGGGCGUCAUGCACCUGGCCACGGCCGCCAUCGUGAACGCGCUGUGGGACCUGUGGGCGCGCAUCCAGCACAAGCCGCUGUGGAAACUCAUCGCCGACAUGGAGCCCGAGCAGCUCGUCCGCUGCAUCGACUUCAGAUACAUCACCGACGUCAUCACCCCCGAGGAGGCCGUCAAGAUCCUGAGGGAGCGGAAGCCUAACCGAGACAGGAUGGAGCGCGAGGCCCUGACGCGAGGCUACCCGGCCUACACCACGCAGGUGGGGUGGCUGGGCUACUCCAACGAGACCGUCACGCAGCUGUGCCACAAGUACCUGUCCGAGGGCUUCACCGCCUUCAAGCUCAAAGUGGGGCAGGACCUGCAGGACGACAAGAGGCGCUGCAAGCUGGUCAGGAGCAUCAUCGGCGACGACAAGAUUUUGAUGGUGGAUGCGAACCAGAACUGGGACGUCCAGGAAGCCAUCGCCUGGAUGAAGGAGCUCGCCGUCUUCAAGCCCCUGUGGAUCGAGGAGCCCACGUCCCCGGACGACGUCCUGGGCCACCUCGCCGUUUCCAAGGCCCUGGCACCCCUCGGCAUCUCCGUGGCCACGGGGGAGAUGUGCGCCAACCGCGUCAUGUUCAAGCAGUUCCUGCAGUCGGGCGCCAUGCAGUACUGCCAGAUCGACUCGGCGCGCAUCGGCGGCGUCAACGAGAUCCUCGCCGUGUACCUGAUGGCGUACAAGCUGGGCGUGAAGGUGUGCCCGCACGCUGGCGGCGUCGGCCUGUGCGAGAUGGUACAGCACCUGCAGCUCUUCGACUACAUCUGCCUGUCCCAGACGAGCGAGGGCCGCUUCAUCGAGUACGUCGACCAGCAGCACGAGCACUUCGUCAACCCCGUGCACGUCCGGAACAGCCACUACAUGCCACCCAAGGCCCCGGGCUACAGCACGGAGCUGCGGCGCGAGGCGGCCGAGGGCUACGAGUGGCCGGUUGGCUCGGAGUGGCAGAAGCUCUUCGCCAGCGGCAAGUUCCAGGACCCCAAGCACGUGCCCACCCUGCCGCCCACCAAGCACUAGUCUAGUCUCGACUCCAGCCGUCACUGCCAUCCCCAACUGUCUCUCCACAUGUCUGUGCAACACACUUGUCAUCGAUGAAAUACACCGUGCGAUUUUAUUCUUUUUAA